GGUCCCAGGGCCUGGACCGGACUGGAGGCCGCCUGUGGCCUGCGCGGGUGUAAGGUGGCUUCCAUCCAGCCGGGGUGGAGCUGGCGGCCAUGGACAGGGGAAUCCUGAGAGCUCGGGGGUCGCCCGGACUGCGGUGGGUGCUGUCACUGCUGCCGCUGCUGCUGUCUUCAGGGCCAGGGCCUGGCGCUUGGGUGCUUUCAGGGAACACCUCUGGAGAGCCAGUCACCCCACACUGGUUCCUGGAUGUACGACCCUGGCGCACGGUCACCCUGGAAGAGCAGAUCCUGAUGCCAGACUCAGGCCUGGUGGCCUUGGAGGCUGAGGGCCAGGUGCUCCUGCUUGAGCUGGAGAAGAGCCAGCUGCUGGCCCCAGGGUACACAGAAACCCACUAUAGCCAAGACGGGCAGCCAGUGGUGCUGAUCCCCAACCACAUGGACCACUGCUACCACCGUGGGCAAGUGAGGGGCUUCUCCAACUCCUGGGUCGUGCUCAGCACUUGCUCCGGGAUGAGGGGACUGAUUUGGCUCAAUAGCAGUACCAGCUACUACCUGCACCCUUGGCCACCUGAAGACCUCUCAACGCACAGGAUUUUCCGGAUGGAGAGGCUGCCCAUCUGGAAAGGGAUCUGCAGCAGGGAACCUGGGGACAAAGGGAGCAUGGCCAGGCUUCCUCUUGCCCCCCAGAGCAGGGAGAGACGGGAAACCCAGAGGGGCCCGAGGUACCUGGAGCUGUACCUAGUCGCCGACCACUCUCUGUUCUUGAUCCAGCACAGGAACUUGAACCACACCAAACAGCGUCUCCUGGAGAUUGCCAAUUAUGUAGACCAGAUCCUCAGGACCCUGGACAUUCAGGUGGUGUUGACUGGCCUGGAAGUGUGGACAGAACAGGACUGCAGCCGUGUCACACCCGAUGCGAAUGCCACUCUCUGGGACUUCCUGCAGUGGCGCCGGCGGCUAUGGGCGCAUCGGCCACACGACUCCACACAGCUGCUGACGGGCCGCACGUUCCGAGGCACCACCGUGGGGCUGGCGCCCGUCGAGGGAAUGUGCCGCGCUGAGAGCUCCGGAGGUGUGAGCAUGGACCACUCGGAGCUCCCCAUCGGCGCUGCGGCCACCAUGGCCCACGAGAUCGGCCACAGCUUGGGCCUCAGCCACGACCCGGACGGCUGCUGCGCGGAGCCAGGCGGCUGCGUCAUGGCAGCGGCCACCGGGCGCCCGUUCCCGCGCGUCUUCAGCGCCUGCAGCCGGCGCCAGCUGCGGGCCUUCUUCCGCAAGGGGGGCGGCGCGUGCCUCUCCGACGUCCCAGAGCUCGGACACCCAAAGCUGCCCACGCGCUGCGGGAACGGCUUCGUGGAAGCGGGCGAAGAGUGCGACUGCGGCUCCGGCCAGUGUCUCGACCCCUGCUGCUUCGCCCACAACUGCACGCUGCGUGCGGGAGCCCACUGUGCCCACGGGGACUGCUGCGCACGCUGCCUGCUGAAGCCGGCUGGCACGCUGUGCCGCCGGGCUGCAGGCGACUGCGACCUCCCUGAGUUCUGCACGGGAGCCUCCCCCCAUUGUCCCCCCGAUGUUUACCUGCUGGACGGCUGGCCCUGCGCUGGGGGCCAAGGCUACUGCCGGGACGGCGCGUGCCCCACGCUGGAGCAGCAGUGCGAGCGGCUCUGGGGGCCUGGAUCCCGCCCAGCCCCUGAGGUCUGCUUCCAGGUGAACACCGUGGGAGAUGCCACUGGGAACUGUGGCCGAGAUGGUGCAGGCCGCUUCCUGCCAUGCGCUCAGAGGGAUGCUCAUUGCGGAGUGCUGCAGUGCCAGGGUGGGGAGCCCAACCCCUUGGUGGCGCAAGCUGUGCCUGUGGAGUCUAAGGUCUACUUAGACGGCCACCAAGUAGCUUGCCGUGCAGCCCUGACACUCCCAGAUGCCCAGCUGGACCUGCUGGACUUGGGCCUGGUACAGUCAGGCACUCAGUGUGGACCUAGAAUGGUGUGCCAGGACAGACACUGCCAAAACACCUCUUCCCAGGAGCUGGAGCACUGCCUGCCUGCCUGCCACAACCAUGGGGUUUGCAAUAGCAACCAUAACUGCCACUGCUCUCCAGGCUGGGCCCCGCCCUUCUGUGACAAGCUGGGCUUUGGUGGUAGUGUGGACAGCGGCCCAGUGCAGCCUGAAAAUGGAGACACCUUCCUGCUGGCAGUGCUCCUCAGCUUCCUGCUGCCUCUGCUACCUGGGGUGGGCCUGGCCUGGUGCUGCUUCCAGUUCCCAGGGUUCUACCUCCAGCGAUGCAGGAGGGACCCUGAAAGCCAUGGGCCCAAAGAUAGCUCAUGCAGGGACCACAGCCUGGGUGAUCUUCGCCUUGUGCAGCUGAGCCUCAGGACCACCGGAGACCCCCAGCCACUGGCUGCGGGGACUCCCAUGACAGUGCUCAUAACGCUUGUUCUCCACUGCUGCUCCCAGACCCUAAGAGCUCUACGCUAGCCCAGCAGCCACACUGAGAAGCUUGAGCCCUGCCACCCUUUUUCAUCUCCAAGGUAGGGUUGGCCCUGAGGCCAAGCCCUCUCCCUCUCCUUCCUCAGCCACUCACCUCUUUCUCUCUUAGCUUACUGUCCCCAACUCAGGCAUCUAGCUUUGGGUUAGUGUGGAAAUGAGACAUGACUUCUUGGAGAAACUGCUAUCAUGGAGACCAGGGUGCUGGAAGGCCCUUGGGUGGGAAGAGAGAAGCUGUGGUUCUUCCUGAGUCUUGGGUCCAUACGGACGGCUACAAGGGGCACUGUCAUAUGAUUUGCAGCCUGGGGCUCUUCAGUCUUGGCAGGUCAAAUCCAGGUGCCAAGAUCUGGAACAGGUGGCUCCUGAGAUGAGUACAGGUGACCACUGACAGCCACUCCAGAAACUUGAAUCCUGAGGACAGACAGCAAGUCAGCUGAUCUCCUGCGCAGUCCAAAGCUUGGAGGUUCCUUCCUGCCCUGUUGAACUCUGCUCCAGCCACUCCAGGACCCCAGAGCCUCACCAGAAGUUGGCUGAUGUUGUCCCUACUCCUGAGGGCUGGGGCAUGCUGGGUACAGCCUCCAAGCCAAGAAUCCAUCCGAAGAGGAUUGAGGUCCCAUAGUCCCUGACCCCCAGCAGGGAGCCCUCUGUCCUGGGGCCUGACUGUGUCUCCUUUGGGCAUUUCGCUCCAUGCAGCUCUGUGGAAGGCAGGGAUUCCUGGAGCCUAACAUUUCUGAGGAGGCUGCAUUUCCUGGAGCCUGGUCCUUGCAGACAAGAAAGCCAACAAACAAGCACACAAGAUCACUGGGACCUCCUUUCCAGUUUCCUCUUACCAGGUCCUGUGCCCUGGCCACAUUCAAAGCCCCCACCACAACUCUUAGGUCUCCAACUGAGGCAUAGAGGAUGUGGUCCUUUGCAGUCCCCUUUGCCUGGACAUCAUUCAGUCUUUCCCCAUUCACAGGGGAGCCAAAUCAGGAAAGGCAGCAGUGUGGUCAGAAGACAGGCUUCCUGGGGCCGCUAUGAGUCUUUUCUGUUGUGAAUUCUACCCCUUGGGGUGUGGUGAAGGCCACCUGGGUUGGUGGUGGUGGGUAGAUCUUCCAGUGGCAGCCAAGAUUCACCCACGCUCAGGAGGGUGUUUGCUCAGCUUGAAUUACCCCUUUGCUUGCCUCUCCUGCCCCCUUGGACAUUCUUGUCUCCCAUUACUCAUGCCAGACUUGCUGAGUGAUCUCAGGCAGCUGUUGGUGUGUAAGAAAAUCACCUCCAACACUGAGUUGCUUAAAACAACAGGCAUCUGACCUUAUUUAUAGAGAGUGUGAAAAAUUGGGGAAUCUUUGUAGUCUACCAUUGGCAGCCAGGGAAGUGGCAGUUCCAGCUCUCUAGACUUUUCAUGGCUCUA